AUGCAUCUGCUUUAUGCAUUCCUUGUUUUGCUCUCUCUUAGCCAUGGUUUCACUCCUGACUGUCCUGGAAGGUGUAGCUGCGACUCUGUGCAGUCGGUGCAAUGCUACAGGCUAACAGAGGUACCAGCAGGCAUUCCUUCCACCACCAAGAAGCUCUACAUCAGCCACAGCAAAAUUCAACACCUUCAGCUAUCCAACUUCACCCGAAUGGUGGCGCUAGAAGAUUUUAUUCUUUUGGCCAGUGGAACAGAAUCAGUAGAAAAUGAUACUUUCAAAACUCUGAGUACCUUGAAGACCUUGGAAUUCUGGAAAAAUAAGCUCAGACAAGUUCCCCGUGCUCUCCCAGCCAGUCUUGAAGUGUUAAAACUAAAUGAUAAUUCAAUAUAUGUCCUACACGGAUCUGAUUUUGAAGGACUGAAGAAAUUAAAAACCCUUGAACUUAAAAACAACCUGAUCUCUUCCCUCUCUCCCAGCAUGCUCUCCUCCCUUGCCAGUUUGCAAAGCUUGAUGCUGGAUGGCAAUAAUAUCGAGUCUGUAGCUGGACCACUGGCACUUCCCCAUCUGAAACAUAUGAGUAUGGAGAAUAAUAAACUACAUCUUCUACCAGCUGGCUUCUUUACUUCUCUUCAGUCUUUGCAGUUUCUCAGUUUCAGUGGUAACUUUCUGACUAAAAUUCCCAUUAAUCUGCCCAAAUCCUUGCUCUCUUUAAAGAUGGAGAGAAACCAGCUCAAGGUGGUAAGGUUUCGAGAUAUGAAACACUUGGAGAACCUAUCCCAUCUUUACCUUUCAGAAAAUUCACUUUCUUCCAUUGAAGGGGCACAGCUUCUUGCCAAUUUAACUACCCUUGAGUUGUCCCAAAACCAGCUUCAAAUGUUGCCCCUCAGACUACCAGCAAGGCUACAAAAGCUUGAUAUUAGCAAUAAUCUGAUUCAGAGAGUUACAGUGCAAGACUUCCAGGACCUGCGAGACUUGAAACAUUUGUUUCUGGACAACAACAUUGUCAGCUUGUUCGAAGCUGGAGCCCUGCAGAGGUGUUCCCAGCUCUCCAAUCUGGCGCUGGAGCAGAACCUGCUGUUGUCUAUACCUCUCAGGCUCCCGGGGACGUUGGCCAGGCUGGACCUAAAGGGCAAUGUCAUCCGGGAUAUUGCUGAGAGGGAGCUCAAGGAUCUAAAGCAGCUUCAGGUUCUAAACCUCAGGAACAACAAGAUCUCUGCCUUGGACCUCAAAGCCUUGGAGGGGCUGCCUCGCCUCAGGCACCUGUAUCUGGAUGGAAAUCCAUGGAAUUGCACCUGCAGUCUCCUAAGAGCCAGGGAGGUCCUGAAGGCCAAGGGAACGGAUGUGAGGGGAGGACAAUGUGCAGCACCAGCCGAAAGACAAGGGGAGAGCUGGAUGUCUUCCAAGAAGAUCAUGAGGCAAUGUGAGCAACACUUACGUCUGUCCGAGAAGAGCAAAGAGACCAAAAAGAAAUCAAAACCUGAAGAGCACUCCAGCAUCAGAAUCAACAUGGAUGAUGAUUAUUACGAUUACGAAAUCGAUUAA